AUGAAAAUGGAAAAGUUGAAAAAGCGCGCGUCAAAUGUAAAGCGCGGGCUCAUCCAGAUCUGCCUUUGUCUUUGCAACCUGCCCAUGCUCAGCCACGCCCACUACAUACAAAUCGAUCACGAGGAGUUUCGCGCCAGCGGCUUUCCCCAUCCACACUUGCCACCCCCUCCACCGCACCUCGAGCACUUGCCCCAAGCAGCGGCCACCAAGGAGCUAACUCCCGCCGAAAUAAUGGUCGAUCUAACAAACGAUCUGACAUAUCGCAUCCAACACUACCACUCCAUACUCAACCGCAACAACUUUGCCUUCUCGCCCACCGCACUGGUCAGUGUCCUGGUGGCGCUCUACGAGGGCUCGGCGGGCCACAGUGCCAACGAGCUGCGGAAUGUGCUCCAGCUUCCCAACAAUCGUGACAUCAUACGCAUCGGCUACCGCGACAUACAUCGACGACUGCGGACCUAUUUUUUUGGCUCAGACAAUCCUCUGAAGGGCCUUAGUCUGAACAGAAACAAUGUGACAGUGCUAAAGGAUUUCGAGACUGUUCUAAUGUUCUACGGCUACGACUUGAGCGUCGAUAUGGUCUCAGCGACAGCACCAACAAAUGCCACGACUGAGCUGACGAACACAACCAUGGCCAGUAACACCACGUCCGAAGAUAUGCAGACAGAAACCACAACGCUCAAAGAUUCGGAAACAACAACGACCGAGCCAUCCACAACUACAACAGAAGAGACAACGGAGGCUGCCACAACAACAACUACGGUGGAGACUACCACAGUAGAGGCUGAGACAGAAGCCACCGAAGCCACCGAGGCGCCAGCAGCAGCAUCUGACGAGGAUGCAGCCGAGGCAGCAGGAGAGGGCGAAGACGAGGCUGCCGAACUGGUCUCCGCUUUUGUGGCAGAAGAGGAUGCCGAACCAUUCUUGCGCAUACAAAAAGCGCGCGUUUCCCGACUACCAACCAGCAAACUUCAGGCACCACUCAAGCAUUCUCUUCCCAUUACACCAAAGCCCAACUAUUUGCCCAGUGCGGUCCACAGCAUCCAGAUACCUAUGGCUGCGCGUCAAAUUUCUGCGCCUACGAACAGUAUGCGACAAGCUUCGUUGACGACAAAGGCACCGAAGCUGCGACAAACUAGCAGCAGCACACCAUCUCCGCCCCUACGUUCUCCAGCCCCGACAACAAGUCGAAAGGCAAAAUCGGCCCGCCUGAAGCGCCACGUCCUUGGCUACAAGGAUUUGGAUGCCAAUCUCUUUCUAACGCUCUUUAGCCCACACGCUCCUCAUCACCAUCGCAACUUGCUGCCCUUAACACCCACGCACCACGCCCCUGUGUCUGCCUUUACGCAUAUUUCCAAUGAGUUCUCAUUGGAUGUGGAGCCGCACUUUAUCAAUGACGCCGCAGAGACGAAACAAAACUACAAUACGGAUGUCAUUAGCCAUGUCUUCUAUUUGGGCAGCCAGCAAAUCGUUCACACCACCUUCAAGGUGUACAACGCUGUGCUGUACUUCAAGUAUUUUGAGCAUCUGAAGAUCAGCGCCCUCGAACUAGAGCUGGACACGCCCGAGUACAACCUGAUGAUUCUUCUUCCGGACUAUCACAUGGACAUCGUUGCCGCCGCCGCCUCCCUCAAGCUGGGACCCACCCUUCGGCUAAUGCGCAAGCAGCUCAAGCCACGCUGGGUACAAGCCAUCAUACCCGACUUUAAGCUGCACGGGACAAUGUUUCUCACCAACGAUCUUCAAAAUAUGGGAAUUUGCGAUAUUUUUGAGCCAAGUCGCGCAGAUUUCCGUCCCAUGACCGGGGAACGGGAGCAGAUCUAUGUGCGUCAUAUUGAGCAAGCCAUAAACGUUUCCAUUCGUACGCGGCCCAUCAAUCAGCUCAAACGCAACUAUGGCGCCCAAACAAAGCCCAUACAGAUCUCUGUUAACCAUCCGUUUCUGUUUUUCAUCGUCGAUCGCGACUUGGAUGUGGCGGUGAUGGCGGGGCGCAUACUCAAUCCACUGAACGUGCGAAUACAGUAA